AUGAAACAAAAUUCUCCGGAUCUUGAGGCGCAUCCAAUUGCUUCCACUAAUAAUAUAAAUAUCAUUACAUCUUUGGUCAGUAAUCAAGAUUUGGAUAUUGUGCAUCAACAAGUCGAGCUAGAAAAAGAAGAGGUUCCAACAACAAAAUGGAAAAAGUUUUUAAAGAAAUUAGAAGUUCCACAUGAGGGUAAAGCCAUCUCUAUUUUACGUAACCCAGAUCUAGAACCAGUUAAAGAUGAGGACAGGAAUUGGGGGUUUUGGUCUAAUUUUGCCUAUUGGGGGUUACCUAAUUUUUCCGUUAUGACUUACAGUACUGGGAGUGCGCUACUAGGUUUGAAUUUAGAUAUUAAACAAUCUAUUGGUGCUAUUGUCAUUGCUAAUAUAAUUAUUGCUGGUAUGACAAUUUUGAAUUGUAAUCCAGGUUUAAAAUAUCACAUUGGUUAUACUCUAGAUCAAAGAAUGAUUUUUGGUAUUUACGGAUCUGUAAUUGGUAUCAUAUUCAGAGUUGGGAUUUCCGUUGUUAUGUAUGGUUAUAUUGCUUGGUCUGGUGGGUUGUGUGUCAAUAUGAUGUUGGAAUCUUUGUCACAUCAUUAUUUACAUUUGCCUAAUUAUUUCCCAGAUAGUGUUCCUAUGGAUACCAAAGGAUUAGUUGGAUUUUUAGUUUUUCAACUUGUUUCAAUGUCAUUAUUUGCUGUUUCUCCAAGAAAAAUUCGUUUACCUAAUAUCAUCUCUUGUUUCAUGACUUUGUUUGCUGUUAUUGGUAUAUUGGCUUAUACCGUGAAUAAAGCUGGUGGUCCAGGUCCGUUAUUUUAUCAACCAGUUGAGUUAACUGAAUCAGUACGUUCUUGGGCUUGGAUUUUUGCUAUCACCAUUUGGGGUUCUGGUGUCAGUGUUGGGAUUACAAAUCAAAGUGAUUUUUCAAGGUUUGCAGGAAACACCUGGAGUUGCUAUUUGGGUACAUUUUUCGGAGUUGUUUUGCCAGGUACUUUUAUCUGUGCUGCUGGUAUGUUUGUUGCUAGUGCCUGUAAAAAAUUGUAUGGUGUUGCUUACUGGACCCCAAAUGACAUCAGUCAUCAAUGGUUAAUGGAUAAUUAUGAUGGCAAGGGAAGAGCUGCUUCAUUUUUCGUCGGUUUGGCAUUUGCUGCUUGCCAAGUGUUUCUAAAUAUGACUCAGAAUGGUUUUGCAUGUGGUAUGGAUCUAACUGGAUUGUUGCCAAAAUAUAUCAAUUGUGCCAGAGGUACUUUAUUUGUUUGUCUGAUUUCAUGGUGUGAUUGUCCAUGGACUUUUUUCCAAAGCUCUAGUACCUUUUUGGACGCUAUGUCUGCCUUCGGUAUGUUUACUUUACCAAUAACUAUCAUGAAUUAUGUGGAAUUUUUCAUCAUUAGACGUUCCAAAUUAUCAAUGAUUGAUUUUUUCACAACCAGUCCAAACGGCAGUUACUAUUAUUUCCGCGGAUUUAAUAUCAGGGCAGUUGUAACGUUAAUUGUAAGUGUGGUUCUUGGUAUACCAGGUUUAUACUACUCGUGUAAUCCUCAAGUUGAGGCAAAUGCGGGUAUGAUGAAUUUUUUUGAAGGUUAUUGGUUUUUUAUUCCAGUCCUUUCUUUUGGACUAUAUUUAGUUUUAAGUUACGCAUUCCCUUAUAAACAUGAUAGAUUAGGUGUUAGUGACCCUGUUGAUUACUUCAACUGUUUCAGCGAAAAGGAAUGUGAAGCAAUGGGUAUGAUCAAAUACGAAGGUGAUGGCGAUGCUUAUGAGAUUAUUGAUACAGAGUUAAUUAGCCAGAGAGCUGAACAUGAAUCAAUUUCCGGAACUAGUGAAGGUGGUAUUCAAGAAAUAGAUGAAAUUGUUGCUAAAAAAGAAUAG